GUGAGCACAAGCACGGUACUGAAGUGCUUGAUAUAAGCUAGCGUGGUUUCCACAGUGUUGCUAAAACCGUCACGCCUGAAAGAGUUUGGAAUCAGAAGAGCCUUUCAGCAAAACCCACAUGGCUACCGCCUUCGCCGGCGCCGUUAAUGUGGCUACGACGCUGAACAGACCCGGUUCGGGUUCUGUACCAUCUGUUUCAAGCUCUUCGUUCUUGGGUAGCAGCUUGAAAAAGAUCAACUCUGGAUUGAUCAGUGCACGUCCUUCUGCUAGCAACUUUAAGGUGGUAGCAGCAGCACCGGAUGCUGAUGAAACAAAGCAGACCGGCAAGGAUAGAUGGAAGGGGCUUGCCACUGAUAUUUCAGAUGACCAACAAGAUAUCACAAGAGGAAAGGGAAUGGUCGACUCAUUGUUCCAGGCACCAAUGGGGACUGGAACUCACCAUGCUGUCUUGAGUUCCUACGAGUACCUCAGCUCUGGGCUUCGGCAGUACAACUUCGACAACACAAUGGAUGGAUUUUACAUUGCACCAGCUUUCAUGGACAAGCUCAUUGUUCACAUAGCCAAGAACUUCAUGACCUUGCCAGGCAUCAAGGUUCCUCUAAUUCUUGGUAUCUGGGGAGGCAAGGGCCAAGGAAAAUCAUUCCAGUGUGAGCUUGUCUUUGCCAAAUUGGGAAUUAACCCAAUCAUGAUGAGUGCUGGAGAAUUGGAAAGUGGAGAUGCAGGAGAGCCUGCAAAACUCAUCAGGCAGCGUUAUCGUGAGGCAGCUGAUAUCGUUAGGAAGGGGAAGAUGUGCUGUCUCUUCAUCAAUGAUCUUGAUGCAGGUGCUGGAAGAAUGGGUGGCACCACACAGUACACAGUUAACAACCAAAUGGUGAACGCUACCCUGAUGAACAUUGCUGAUAACCCCACAAAUGUACAGCUCCCUGGUAUGUACAACAAGCAAGAGAACCCCAGAGUCCCCAUCAUCGUCACAGGAAAUGACUUCUCAACUCUGUAUGCUCCCCUGAUCCGUGAUGGCCGUAUGGAGAAGUUCUACUGGGCACCCACCAGAGAUGACCGGGUUGGUGUCUGCCAAGGAAUUUUCAGGGCUGACAAUGUGCCCAACCCGGAUGUUGUCGAACUCGUCGACACUUUCCCUGGCCAGUCUAUUGACUUCUUUGGCGCCCUUAGAGCACGAGUAUAUGAUGAUGAAGUGAGGAAAUGGGUAUCCAGCAUUGGAGUUGAGAACAUUGGGAAGAAGCUUGUGAACUCCAAAGAAGGACCACCAACAUUCGAAAAGCCAGCUAUGACAUUGGAGAAGCUCCUGGAGUACGGCAACAUGCUGGUGCAGGAGCAGGAGAAUGUGAAGAGAGUGCAGUUGGCUGACAAAUAUUUGGCGGAGGCAGCUCUUGGAGACGCCAAUGAAGAUGCGAUUCAAACAGGGGUUUUCUAUGGCAAAGCAGCCCAGCAAAUAAGUAUUCCAGUGCCAGAAGGCUGCACCGACCCAAACGCAGCAAACUUCGAUCCGACGGCCAGGAGCGAUGACGGCAGCUGUCUCUAUCAGUUUUAGAACACCCUCUUUCUCUCUCUUUACUUUCUAGCUUUUCCUAAGCCAGGGUUCGAUUCCAUGUAAGGGAAGGAAUAAGAUUAAAUUCGUGUUGGAUUUAUAGUGAAUUCUCUUCUAUGAGUAUGUUUUCUGCCUGCGAGCAGUUUUCGUUUA